AUGGCCACCGUGCGCGAAGUCACCGACGAGGCCGCCUUCGCGUCCACCGUGCAGGGCCUGCCCGCCGGCACGCUCGCCGUCGUCUACUUCCAUGCGCCGUGGGCCAAGCCGUGCGAGCAGAUGGCCGUAAUCCUGAAGACGCUCGCCAGCACCUACCCCGCCGACGCCCCGAUUGCCUUCCUCUCGCUCAACGCCGAAGAGCUGCCCGACGUCUCCGAGCAGUACGACGUAACCGCCGUGCCCUACAUUGUCGUGCAAAAGGACGGCCGCACCCUCGACACCGUCAGCGGCUCCGACGCCGCCAAGGUGCGCGCCGCCGUCGAACGCCAUGCCGGCCCCGGCUCUGGCCCUGCCGCCCCGGGCCUGCCGCCCGCCCAGACAGUCACACGGCCGCCCGUCGAGAACGGCGCCAACGGCGACAGCCCCAAGGGCCUGGCCGCCUAUGCGCCCGGCCCCGGCGACCCCAAGACCGCGCCCGAGUACAGCGCAGCCGAGCCCGAGACCACCAAGGAGGAGCUGCACAAGCGCCUGAGCGAGCUCGUCAAGGCCGCCCCCGUCAUGCUGUUCAUGAAGGGCACCCCGAGCGCCCCGCAGUGCGGCUUUUCCCGCCAGACCGUCAGCCUCCUGCGCGAGAAGGGCAUCAGAUACGGCUUCUUCAACAUCCUGGCCGACGACGAGGUCAGGCAGGGGCUCAAGGAGUUUGCCGACUGGCCGACAUUUCCUCAGCUUUGGGCAGACGGCGAGCUCGUAGGAGGCCUUGACAUUGCGACUAACACUCGACAGGUCAAGGAGGAGUUCGACAACGAUCCCGAUUUCCUGGCCCAGUACGCGGUCAGCCAGCCAAAGCCUGCGUAG